GACUUCUUCACCCAUUCGCAAGCCCAAGCACAGCAUGGCGUCUGUCAUUACGAUGUCGCGUUCCGAGGAGGACAGCUCUUCGUCGCUGUUCUCGUCGAUGACGUCGGCUUUCAGCAGCCUCUUCCCUUCCGUUCAUGCUGAGGAGGAAGACGAGGACUCCAGAGAUGAGGGAGAAGGAGAAGACGAGAAGGAAGGGGACGAUGACAAGGAGGAGGGUGGAGACGAGGAAGAGGAAGAGGAGGAAGAGGAGGAGGACGAGCCCGAAGACCCGCAACCCGCCAUCUACGAGGAGUGCGAGAAUUCAAAGGAGUGCUCGCCCGCCAAGCACCACUUCCUCGAGUGCCAGGAGCGAGUCGAGGCCGGCAAGGGCUUCCACGAGGAGAACUGCGUUGAAGAGUUCUUCCACCUUGCCCACUGCGCAAGCUCCUGCACAGCACCCAGGCUAUUCAGCAAGCUCAAGUAAAGAGGGGGAGGAGAGAUAACUACUACAGCUCGCGCUCGAGAUAUUGAAGAGUUUAAGAGCCGAAAAGACUAGAAACGAAAUGAAUCUCAUUUCAUCGUUGUGGUGAUGACGACGAGAGCAGCAGUUUCUCGUGGCCCUUUACGCCGCCUUGGCCAGCCUGCAUCUUCGCGCUUCUAGCGCCAAACUGGAUCGCUCUCUUCUUCUCGCCUGCGCAUUGCACCAGGCCAAGGCGUCUUGCUGCGUCUCUAAGUAGGAUCUUGUCGCCUUGACCUUCGGGCAGAUCCAGAUUCAUCUUUGACGAGACGGGAAGGGAGCAGAGGAAUCGCAGGACCGGCCUCGCGAGGUAA